CCUCUUGCUGAUUGGCUGGAGGGGCAAACUCUUCCCAGCCCUCCAGCCUGGGGAGCCUGCGCUGAGGAGCAGCAUCACUGGACCCUGGGUGAAGCCAUCCCUGGAAAGUCUCUCUCUGCAGUUUCCAGGACAGUUUGGUUGUAACUAAAGAGCAACUGUACUAGAUCUUGGUCACUGAAGGUGAAGCAAUCUUUGGAUACAUGCUUCUACAAACCUGGUGAAGAUAUACUACAAACAGGAUUGGCCAUGAGACUCUUUAACCUUCCUUCAGAAGUACGCUAAUGGGGCUGCUGAUAAGCAAUCUGCUUUUGUAAAGCGCCUAAUGAACUGUGUGUGGAGUCUGCAUUCAGUGACAGACAUAUUUUCCCAUUGCAAGAUGUUAUUAAUACAGUAGUGGAUACGUUCCUACUUGAAGUCAGUCAGUGACAAAAGGAACCAGUUUAAACGAUGGCUGCUGCCGCUGAUGGUUUGGGAAGUACAACUAUAGAUACCACACAACUUAAUAUGUCAGUCACUGAUCCAACAGCUUGGGCCACCGCUAUGAAUAACCUCGGGAUGGUUCCAGUAGGAUUAGCUGGACAACAGCUUGUGACAGAUUCAAUCUGUGUACCAGGCUUUGAUCCAAGCCUCAGCAUGAUGACUGGAAUAACUCCAAUUAACCCGAUGAUACCAGGCAUGGGGUUAGUACCGCCGCCACCACCAACAGAUGUGCCUGUAGUCAAAGAAAUAAUUCACUGCAAAAGCUGUACACUCUUCCCUCCAAACCCAAAUCUUCCACCACCUUCCACAAGAGAGAGACCUCCUGGGUGUAAGACUGUGUUUGUUGGAGGUUUACCAGAAAAUGCUACUGAGGAAAUUAUUCAGGAAGUCUUUGAGCAGUGUGGAGAUAUUACAGCUAUUCGGAAAAGCAAGAAGAAUUUUUGUCACAUUCGUUUUGCAGAGGAGUUCAUGGUUGAUAAAGCCAUUUACCUUUCUGGUUACCGCAUGAGAUUAGGAUCUAGCACAGACAAAAAGGAUUCAGGUCGCCUUCAUGUUGAUUUUGCUCAGGCAAGAGAUGACUUUUAUGAAUGGGAAUGCAAACAAAGAAUGCUGGCCAGAGAAGAACGCCAUAGGCGCAAAAUGGAAGAAGACAGACUACGACCUCCCUCUCCUCCGGCAAUAAUGCAUUAUUCUGAACAUGAAGCUACUUUGCUGGCUGAAAAAUUGAAAGAUGACAACAAAUUUUCAGAGGCCAUCACAGUGCUGCUUACCUGGAUUGAGCGAGGUGAGGUGAAUCGUCGCUCUGCAAAUCAAUUCUAUUCAAUGGUGCAGUCAGCAAAUAGUCAUGUUCGCCGACUUAUGAAUGAGAAAGCCACUCAUGAGCAAGAAAUGGAACAAGCCAAGGAGAGUUUUAAAAAUGCCUUAACAGGGAUCCUCACUCAAUUUGAGCAGAUUGUGGCCGUUUUCAACGCUUCUACCAGACAAAAAGCUUGGGACCAUUUCUCGAAAGCUCAGCGAAAGAACAUAGACAUUUGGCGAAAGCAUUCUGAGGAACUCCGGAAUGCUCACAGCGAACAGCUCAUGGGGAUCCGCCGUGAAGAGGAGAUGGAAAUGUCUGAUGAUGACAGCGGUGACAAUCCCAGCAAAAAGCUGAGAAUAGAUGAAUCAGCUCUAACAGCCCAAGCUUAUGCACUGAAGGAAGAGAAUGACAGCCUCCGAUGGCAGCUGGAUGCUUACAGAAAUGAGGUGGAGCUUCUAAAACAAGAGAAAGGACAACUCUUUAGGACAGAAGAAAGUCUCACAAAGGACCAACAGUUGCAAUUUCUGCAGCAGACUAUGCAAGGCAUGCAGCAGCAAUUGCUGAGUAUACAGGAAGAAUUAAAUAACAAAAAAUCCGAACUGGAGCAAGCAAAAGAAGAACAAACACAUACACAAGCCAGGCUUAAAGUUCUUCAGGAGCAGUUAAAAAGUGCCAAGGAGUUAGCAGAGAUCAACGGCCAUGACGAAUCUCAGGCAAAUGAAAUCAAUGUGUUGACAGUAGCAUUGGUCAAUCAAGAGAGAGAGAAAAAUUCUGAGAAACGAAGCCAAGGUCUAAGAUCAGAGAAAGAGGCGCUGUUAAUAGGUAUCAUAUCCACAUUUCUUCAUGUCCAUCCUUUCGGCGCCAAUAUAGAAUACCUUUGGUCUUACAUGCAGCAACUGGACUCUAGGAUCUCUGCAAAUGAAAUAGAAAUGCUUUUGAUGAGAUUGCCACGCAUGUUUAAACAAGAGUUCACUGGUGUAGGAGCAACAUUGGAAAAGAGGUGGAAGUUUUGUGCCUUUGAAGGAAUUAAAACUACCUGACUGUGAAUAGUAAAGAGGUAUGCAGAAGAAGAAUUCCUAAAGCAUGGCAGGGUUACAAAGUAUUAAAGUAUGAAAUUUGGUUUUGGCACACGGACGUACAUUUUCAGAGUUAUCCAAGCCUAAUUUUAGUUACAUUUGUGACGUUCUCUUGUGAGUGGAAAUGUGGUUGUGCACCAGCUCCUAAAAAUAAAAAUAUAAAAUAUUUUAAAAUGUGACCUAUGAAAACUGAAGAUACCACUGAAGACAGUCAUAACGAUGUCAAGAUAUUAACAUGCUACAUCUAAGAAUAGCUCACUGAGCAAAUGGAUAAGGGAAAAGAUUGCCUAGUUAUGGUUGCUAAGCUACAGCAAUGUAUAUGUAAUAUAUAGCAGAAAUCAUUACGUUAUGUUCCUGAAAGUCUUUCCAUUAAGUAAGUAAUUGUACAGUGAGAAAAAUUAUCCCAAAAGAAAACUUGAAGAUGUGUCUAAACAGUUAUUGUCUUUUGUAAAUUACGUUUUAUGCUGUUCCAGGGAUUUUUGCCUUAUUGAAAGAGGCCUGAAAAUGUGAUUGGACUCCUCGAGAAUGCUUUAUCAAGAAUAUUAUUUUUCUAAUGUAACUAUUCCUCAUUAUAAGUUCCUUUAACAUGGGUUGCAUAUCAAUUUUCAUAAAUGUGUAAAUAAAAAAGAAACCAGUGUUACUGUAUUGUAUUUGGUAUGUAACAUUCAGGUUUAUGCAUCAAAAUAAAUAUUCAGUUCAUUACUGUUGAGGAUUUUAUAGCAAAUAUAUUAAUUUUUUUUCAAUAAAUUUGACUUCUACCAGAUUA